AUGAGUAAGGAACGGGUUAAAGUGGGAUUCAGCAGAUUCAUUGAGAGUAACAAACUAGAGACUACAUCCAAAUAUGCCUUCAGAGGACUCAGGGACCUGACUCACUUGGACCUGCGAGGCAAUGCCUUUGAAUGUGACUGCAGAGCCAAGUGGCUUAUGACGUGGUUAAAGAACACCAAUGCCACAGUGUCGGAUGUUGUGUGUGCUGGACCAGAGGACAUGAAGGGCAAGCGCCUCAAUGAUAUGACCAGCCUGCAGAAUGAGUGUGUCUCCACAGAUUUCAUCCUUCAUCAGUCUGUUGCCUCAGAAUCGUUGUCUGUUGACACAUUCACCUAUAAGAAUGAUGUCUACGUGGCCAUUUCUGCUCCCAGCACAGAGAGCUGUAUGAUUUUCCAGUGGGACCACAUAGAAAUGAACUUCAGGACUUAUGAUAACAUCACAGGUCAGUCCAUUGUGGGGUGCAAAUCUGUCAUCAUCAAAUAUGAGGUGUUUGUCAUUGUGGCUCAGCUGUUUGGUGGUUCCCACAUUUACAAGUUUGAUGACGACCAAAGCAGGUUCAAUAAGUUCCAGGAUAUCGAAGUGUCCAAGAUCUCUAAGCCCAAUGAUAUUGAGGCCUUCCAGAUUGGCUCUGAUUGGUUCUUUGUGAUUGCUGACAGCUCAAAAGCUGGCCUCUCCACCAUCUACAAGUGGAAUGAUAAUGGCUUUUAUUCGUACCAGUCACUGCACGAGUGGUACCGCGACACGGAUGUAGAGUUUCUUGACUUGGAUGGGAAAGCUCACCUUAUUCUAGCGAGUCGCUCACAGGUUCCAGUGAUCUACCAGUGGAGCCGGAGCAACCAGAAGUUCAUCCUGCAGGGUGAGAUCCCCAACAUGGAGGAUGUAGUGGUUGUGAAACACUUCCGGAUCAAGGAGGAGCUCUACCUGGCUAUGACGCGGUAUAUCGGUGAUUCCAAAGUUCUGCGUUGGGGCACCAAACAGUUUGCUGAGAUCCAAGCUUUGCCCUCUCGAGGCUCCAUGAUUCUCCAGCCGUUCUCUUUCAAGGAACGUUACUAUCUGGCUCUGGGAAGUGACUACACCUUCUCACAGAUCUACCUGUGGGAUGAGGACAACAAAAUCUUUGACCGCUUUAAGGAGGUGUACAUCCAAGCCCCACGCUCUUUCACCGUGGUAUCUACCGACCGCAGGGACUUUAUUUUUUCCUCGAGCUUCAAGGGAAACACGCAGAUCUUUGAGCACAUCAUCGACCUGAGCUUGUGAGGGGCUGUGCCUUAUCGUCCCGUCUGAAAUCAAAUGUCUUCCACUUGAAAGACAAAUUCAAGAAGGAA